AUGUCGGGCCUCAUCGUAGGCUGUGAGAUUCUGUGUGACUUGCCAUCGCAGACAGAUCGAUUCUUUGGGCGUGAGGCUGAAUUGACUGGCAUGACACAAUUGCUACAGAGUGCCGAAAGCCGGAGAGGUAUUGUCCUCUGCGGCAUCUCCGGAUCUGGUAAAACCCAAUUGGCUCGAGAAUAUGUUUCUCGAGAGCAAGACAAGCUAUCAGCUAUUGUAUGGAUUGAUGCCGCCUCGGACCAGACCGUCAGUCAAUCAUUCUCUCAAGGCGCAGAACGUAUACACCUGAGGUAUCCCCAAUUCCAUCAGAAUAGUUCCCAUAUCUCGGACCAGUCAGUUGUUCUUGAAUGGUUGAGGAAUCUUAGAUCUCGCAAAUGGCUAGUCAUCAUCGAUGGCAUGGAUAAUCCCAUAACAUCUAGAAGUUUGUUUCAGCCAUUUGAUAAUCUGCUGUCUGCAUCUGGGGCCAUAUGCAUCACUUCAACAAGUCCGAAUGCAGCGAAGGCUUGUAGGCUCUCACAAGUCUCCGUCGAGCACCUCGGCAUAGGUCCUGCCAGCUCAUUGAUACUUUGGCGUGCACUGGGUACUAUAGAAGUGCAGGAUGAAAAUUUGAAACAAUGGGCGAGAGAUGCAGCUGGGAUUCUCAAUGGUUAUGCCUUGGGCCUCGAAUUGGCUGGCAAUCUGAUCCACGAGGGUAUCGUCCGACCAGAUACCAUGCCUCCCUCAAUAUUCGAAACCAAGUAUAAGCAACUGAGUACCAUAGAUCCUCUGAUUUGGAACUGGGAGAAGCGCCAUACAUUCUUCGACGUAUUUGAUACACUAUACGCGAACCUUGUGGCCAAGGACAGUGUGGCUGGCGAUUUGCUCACCCUGUGCUCCAUUUAUGGACCCUGGGAAAUCCCCAUCGAAUUUUUGCAGAAUUUGAUUAUCGAAAAGACGGGAGAUGCAACGAGAAUCCAAGAACCCUGGAACAGGCUUGAAGAGCUCUUCAAAGAUGAGAUAAAACUUGGUUUAGCUAUCAAAAAGCUGCAUGAGGUAUUCCUUGCCAAAAAGAAGCAUGCUACCGACCAGUCACUGUUGAGCUUCUCGUUGCAUGGAUCUGUCUGCCAAUGGAGAUAUGCCACUAUUGGCGACCAACGAACGCAAUGGGUUGUUUUAGCUCUUCAAUCGCUCACAACUUACUUGCAAUCGAAGACAGAGCAUCAAAGAAAGGGAAAAUCACGGGAGUCGGAAACAUUUGAUGUAUCGCGCAAAUUCCAUCCCAUGUCAACUCGCUGUCUCAAGAUGCUCGACGUCGACGUUCCAGGAGAGCAAUUGGAGGCACCGAAUGGAGUAUAUGCCAAGCAGUACUAUAACAUAUGCUCGCGCCUAGCGCCCUUGCUGUUCUCGUGCGGUGACUAUAGUGUUGCCUCAAAGCUCUUCGAGGGUGCAAUCAAGUACCUCAGAACGACGCAAGUACCCGAUUGUGACGAAGCUCUCUUACCACUACUUCGUGGGUUAGCAAGGUGCUCACAAAAGGCUGGCGACUUGAACACAUCAGAAGAAUGUCUACAAUCGGCCGAAACAGUCGCAGUGAAACUGUAUGGCAUAUCUAGCGAUGAGGCUGCAGAUAUCUAUACAGAGCUGAGAGAUGUCCGAGACCAUAUCGCUACGGAAGCUGACAAUCGUAAGCGAGCCCUGGUAGCUAGCACAGGUCCUAAAAUGACUCGACAGCAUCUUGAGCUAGAGAAUAUCUACACAACUGACGAGCACGAGCUCGCACCAGGUCCGGUGCCUUUGCAUGAGCCACUGGACGUACCAGGAUACCAGAGCGCGUUCAAAGACGACUUGGCUAGCAUGGCAGAUCUUGCGCGUCAUUUAGACGCAAGCUUUGAUCCAGACACAAGGAUUCGCGGGUCGACUUUGCUAUUUUCUGCGUCGUGGAAAGGAUAUAUCAAUACAGUCAGGCUGCUUCUCGAGCGAGGGGCCAAUCCAGAUCUUGCCAACGACUAUCAGGUAACACCUCUACACGUUGCUUCACAGCAUGGUUGGUUGGAGAUAGCCAGGCUACUCGUCGAAGGGGGUGCCAACGUCAAUUGUACGACCAAUGAGGGUCGCACUCCACUCCAUGUUGCUUCAUUCAACGGUCACAUCCAGGUAGUUUAUCUUCUUCUUGAGAAGAUGGCUGAUGUGCAGGCUAAAGAUGAAGACGGGAUGCAACCGUUACACCAAGCCUUAUUGUCGAAAAGUAUCGAAAUAUUCAGUUUGCUUCUCAAACGCGGCGCUGACCCGAAUGCCACGGAUAUCAGCGGAGAAACACCAUUGGACUACACUACGAUUCAUGGCGAUGUCGAUGAAGUCAAACUGCUCAUCGAAAGCGGUGCCAAUAUACAUGCCGUAGAUAAAGAUGGGAAAACACCAUUGCACCGAGCUGCAUGGCCAGGCGAUGUCGAUAAAGUCAAGCUACUUCUCGACAGAGGGGCUGACCCAUCUAUCAAGGACAACAACGGGCAGACCCCACUCAUAUGGGUUAUCGAAAAGAAGUCAAGUUUUGUGCCCCCUUUGGAAGCCGUGGUCGAAGUUCUUCUCACAGCGGGAAUCAGUUGCGUCAAUGCGAUUGAUAUUCAUGGUAAAACUGCCAUUUCAUGGGCUGUAACCAACAACAAUGUGCGCCUCGUCAAGAUGCUUCUUGACUAUCACGCCGACCCCACAGUGCAAGAUGCCGAUGGAAAUACAUGUCUCAAUCGAGCUUGCGAAUCGAAUUAUGUUGAUAUUGUUGAAACACUGCUGAGGUACGGCGCAGAUUGGAAAAUACGAAACUAUAGAGGACGCAAUGCGCUCCAAACUGCGAAGCACUCCGGACACGACUCUAUAGUUGCUCUUUUGAAGACUAGGGCAGGUGUACCCAGAACCAAGUCUGAGAGAUUAAAAUCUUGGCUUGGAAGCCACACAUGA